CGGCAGCAGUAGCGAUCCUCCCUGGGGUCUCUGUGUGGGAUGGUGUCCCCCAGGCUUGCAGACAAGGCGCAGCUUAUGGAGAUGCUGAAGAAGGAGGUGAGAUCGCUGCUAAUGGCUUCAAAAGAGGGCUUAACCCCAGCACAGCUAGAGCAAGAGUACAUGGCCAUGAUUGGCAAACCUCUCCCUCUAUGUGACCUGGGCUUCCAGUCCACCUUGGAGCUGGUGGCAGAUAUGCCUGAAGUUGUCAGAGUCUGUUCUUACGAGAAAGGCACUUUUAUCCUCAAAGCCAUUGCAGAUGAGACCACCAAAGCGAUUGCCAAACUGGUUGCUAGACAGCGAAGUGCUAGGGCACGGAGGGGUGCUGCUGUGAAGGCAGGAGCUGCUUCUCCCUCUAAGAAUCUGCAGAGUUUCCCUCAGAGGGGCAGGGCUCCUGUCCUGCCAGCGACGGUGAAGGCUGAGCUGGAGGAUUUGCUGAGUUCCUCACCACUUAUGCUCUUGGACUUUGAUAAGGCCUUCUUCAGACGCUUUGGCCGGGCAUUCCAGUACACGCAAUAUGGAUUUUUCUCCAUGCUUGAAGUCCUCAGGAGUGUGUCUGAUAUCAUUGUGGUUGAGCAGACAAGAGCAGGUUCCUUGCUGACCCUGAAGAAGUACCUGGCAAGUGAGAUAGAGAAGGAAGAGGUGCCGCAAGGUGAGGCGAAGGAAGAGGUGCCGCAAGGUGAGGCGAAGGAAGAGGUGCCGCAAGCAGCACCUGCAGUUGAGAUGCCUCCUUUGGAACCCAGCUGUGAGCCAGAAAGCUUCCACCUGUUAACAGAAGAGAAGUCAGAGCCAGUGGAAGCACAAGCACCUCAAGAUUUGGAGCAGUCCUUGCUAGCCACAUUGAUAAUGACUCCAGAAAUCCCCCCAGAUGCUGUUCAGGACAGAAGCCUUUGCAGUUUACCACCACUGGAGACAAGGUGCUUGGUUGGAGUCUUUGUGGAAUUCAUUGUCUCUCCAAGCCAGUUCUACAUCCACAUCUGCAGCAGGGAGACAUCUGAUAAACUGCAGGAUAUGAUGUUUGAGAUGAGACACUGUUACUCAAAUAAACUUGUUUCUGAUCGUUAUAUCAUGCCUGAGUCUUCAGUACAGCCUGGACAGCUUUGCUGUGUAAUGGUCUCAAAAUGGUGGUACCGCGUUAUCAUCCACCGUGUGAUCAAUGACCAAGAAGUAGAGGUGUUCUACCCAGAUUACGGAAACCUUGAAAUUGUCCAAAAGUCUUGUCUGAGAUUCCUCAAGUGGUGCUACUUGAAGCUCCCUGCUCAGGCCAUCCCGUGUUCCUUGGCAUGGGUAAAACCUGUGGAGGAUGCGUGGUCCAAUGCAGCAACUCUCCUAUUUAAGAAGCUGUGUGGCUCCAAGCUACUUGUGGGCAUCGUGGAUGAAUAUGUGAAUGGCAUUUUGCAUCUCUUCUUGUGUGACACGUCCACCGAGGAGGAUGUCUACUUCCAUUGUGUCUUGAGGGAUGAGGGAUGUGCUGAUGUCUGCGGGGAGAACGUACCUUCCCAGGGAUUUGAGGAACUGAAUCCUUCGGCCUUGUAUGUUCAGCCCAGUGAAAAGCAGGAGAAUGCUGAACUGGUGGAGCCAGACCUUUGCUUGCAGCAGGAAUCUCUAGAUGCAGACGGUGAAGCAGCACGCUCAAAGCUGGGCAGGGCUGAACUGUGUGACCAGCAAUGGCACCUGUCUGCUAAGAAGGAGACAGAGGAUGGUGUGCAGAUGCUUUUGGAUGAAGUGAGUGUCCCAGGAGCAGCAGACCGAGAGCCUGAACUUGCACAGGAGGAUACAAAUGAAACUCUUACAGAGCUUAUGGCAGUGGUUAAGACACCUCAUUCUCUUGGAGAGUCCUCAGUGCCUGCUGUCUUAUCCAAGUCAGUGGAAGACACUUACACCUCCUUUAUCUACUCCAAGCAACCAGCAGAAGUGAGUCAAGAUGACCCUGAUCAGAUAGAAAGAUUUUCCAGCAAGGCCCAACUUCCCGAAGCUGUACAUCCCUCUGUUCUACUUAUGGCAAUACCGUUUAUGCUGGACAACCAUAACAAUGAAGAGAAAAUGAAGAAUGAAGACCUUUCCAGGGGUCUUGCAGUUGGCCUGUGCCAUGCCAGUGGGCUGUCUGACCAAAGGCCGUCUCAGAAACUUUAUGUCCCUCCUACCACGCUGUCUGCGGUGUUGGCAGCUGCACGCUUAGCCACUUCCAGUGACUACUUUCAGUGGCCCCCAAGCCUGAGACAGAAGGUGUGAGAAGAGGGGAGAAGCUGGAGCUGGAGAAGCUGCUGAGGAAGGCUACCUAGAGAGCAGGAAAGGCUCUCUGUAGGACUGUGCUGUCAUUUUAUUUAUUUAUUUUUUUUUUGUUCAGAAAAAUUUAAUCCCUUGAAAAACUUGGAAUCUAACAUCUCAGAUGUGCCCAGUACAUGUGGUAAAUGUUACUUUCACUUUGAGGAAAAUAGUUUGGGUUUGUUAUGCUGGUGGUAUACUGAUUUAUUGUUCCUCAAUGUAAUGGUUCAGGAGAGCAUCUGAGUGUCACAAAUGUUAUAUAUCCUUUAAGUUUAGGAGAGGGAAACUGGCUACUCAUCCCUCCCUCAGUGAAUGAGCAGUUUUGAUGUUGUGUGGGAGAUGGUUUUGGUUUUUAACACCAUGGAUGCUCUACACACGCCUUUCUGCUAGGAGAGGUCAUUGUAUCCCAGCUCAGGCCUCAAGUGCUGGUAACUUACAAAAAGAAACCUCCUUCCCCAAGAAAAAGACGCUCUUAUUUGCUGAUGAAUUAGAUUGCCAUACGUAUGGAGCAUCAGGAAUCCUGUGUUACAGGUAUUGAAUGAGAUCCAUAAACAAUCCAGUGAGAGAAAGCUUGAUGUUGGCCAUGUUUAUGUAGCUCCUUGCUUGUGUCAAGAAAUCCUCUUGGGCUUGAGUUUAUUAAUGCAGAGAAAAGCUGUGAAAAUAGAAGUGCCCUGGUUAUGAAUGCUGACGUUCAGCUGUUUUGCUGGUGCCUAGACUGUUCCUCAGGUCUUCAGAGGCUUCAAGGGCUGUUCUGUGCCCGCCUGCAAACAUAAACGUGCCAGAGG